AUGGAGGACGAUGUGUCGUCUUGCUUGAAUCAAUUUUUAUUGUCGAGUUCCGAUUUGGAACAGUUGUCGUUUUCUUGGCUUCUUCAGCUUCUUCAGGCUCUGCCGAUCCUCCAUCAGGCGUUUGCGAAAUUGGUUUUUAAUUUGGAGCACCCCGUCGGAAAAUGGGGCGCCCAUUUGGUUGAUGGGUAUUUGAAUUAUAGUCUCAAUUUGCUUGAUCUUCUAAAUUCCAUCAGUUUUUCUUUAUCCCAAUUGGGGGAGUCUCGGGUUUCUGUUUCUUUUGCGUUGAGCUUAAUUCAGAGCUCCCCUUCAAUGGCGGUUUCUCGUCUGGAACAGAUUGUUCCGAUGAGGGGUUUUGAAAGAUUGGUGAUCGGAGGAACUGUGGGAGAUCAGAAGAAGGGUGGCUCCAGGAAGGAGCGGGCGGUCGAGAAAGCUUUGGCGACAAUGGAGGGAAUCGGGUAUUGGAUUUGUGGGGUUAUGCUUUCUGGUUGUGAGGGAGAUUCGACGGCGUAUUUGGAGAUGAGAAAACUAGCUGCUGAUGUGGCGAUUCCGGCGUUUAAGGCAUUGGAUUCCGUGAUCUUGGCGGUGGUUUCAGGGAAGGGGAGUGUGCCGGAGGAGGUCCGCGAGGUGAACAGUGCGGCGGCAGAAGAGAUGAGGAGGAGAUUGGGGAGGUUGGAGAAGGCGGUGGAGAGAUUGGGGAAUGAGGUGGAUGAGAGAUUCUCGGAGGUUCUCGACGGAAGAAGCCGAUUGCUUGAUGUUUUCAGACAUUCCUAA